AGAUUUCCCGCAUUGUCACUGACAGACAACAACAAAAGAAAUGGAAGGAAAAAUGGAAGAAAAGAGAUAAUGGGUAAUAGUGGGUCUUCUAGCGCAAGUAAGAAGCUGCAUACUGUAGCAUCGCCAUACCAUUCCCAACUUGAAGCUCUUUUCGAUAAGCUUUCUCACAAUGGAAUGAGCAUCCAACAGGGAAAUUUUAAGCAACACUUUGAAGGACCAACAGAGAGGCUAUCUGAUGCACUUUAUGAACAGAUUUGUAAAGCCAAUGGUGGUUCAGUCAGAGAUGGACACAAGCCCCAGUCGGUAGAACACCAAAGCAAGCGAUCAUUCAUAGAUAAUGCACACAAUCUUCUUGAGCAAGCAUUCAAAGUAAAGGAUUCAACUAUAAGGUUUUAUUUUGAGCUGAUGGUAGGACAAGAUGAAGAGACAACUUUGCAAGAUAUGAAGAAAUUGUUGCGGGAGGCGUGUCUUUAUGCUAUUGCUGUUAUUGAUCCAGAGGCUCAACACGAGGUUGCCGUUGACGAUCCAAUCAUUGAAGCGUUGGCUAAGUCUUGCAUUUUACAUAAUACAUCUGUGUGUAAAGAGAAAUUCUGCACGUGGGCUUUGGAUUUCAACCCAAAAAUCUUCAGUGGACUUGAAGCUUGGUUGCAUGAAAGAUUUACUGGACACAUCCAGAGAGGGCAUUUUCAUAUGUUACCAAUGCCGGAUAUGACAAUCUCAGAGCAUUCCUUUCCACUAUUAACCCCAAGUUUAUUGUGGUACCUCUGCUGUGUUUUGCCAAUUUGUUAUACGAGAUUGGAAAAAUCGCAAAGUUACAACCAGCCUUGUGAUUCGUUGGAGAGUGACUCUUCACGAUUUUAUACAUGGAAUAUAAUUUACGACAGCAAUGAGCAUGGAUUGAGUCUUAACAGAUUCAAGCAUAAGUGUUUGAACUACCCAAGCCCGACUGUAACUUUGGUUAGAUUUACAAAUGGCUUGUUACUCGCUCUGGCCCUUGACGAACCUUGGAGAGAUUCAUCAGACAGAUUUGGUGGAUCGUACUCCUGCUUGCUCGAAAUACUCCCAACAUGCAAUAGUAUCCUUGAGGCACAAAACAUUUUCUACUUACGAGAAACUGCCAGAAGUGCACCAAAAGGGCUGCUUGUUGGGCAAGGACUUCCUCCAAAAAUUAAAAUUGAAUCAGAUUUGUCAUCCGCAGUUCUUGUCUAUAAAGGAUCAACAACAGAAGAUAUCGCAAAAAUUGAGGUGUGGGGCUGCGGAGGUGUGCUGGCAGUUGCUGCACAGAAAAAACAACUUGAUUGGGAAAAAAAUGAGAUUGAAAAGAUGCGGAAAGUUAAAAGGCCUGGUCGCUGGGAUGACAAUCCGGAUAAACAAAUUUUAGAAAUGGCCGGAAUCCAAACUUCUCAUAACCAAAGAGGGGACAUGUGAUUUUUCAUUGAACAAUGUCUCGCUUCAUAUUGAUUUCCAAACCAGCUUAAAGCUCGCAGAUGGUUUGUCAACGCACAGGUUAGCAAGUUUUGGGAGUUUAAUUUUGACUGUGAUUUGACACAAAUAGCCCUUCUUUGCUGAAAAAAAGAUGCUCUGCCCUGGAAAUCUGAGCGAUCCCUUUCUUUAAAGGCUUUUGGAUACAACAAAGUGGAUUUUUGAUUCAAAAGGAUGAUUUUCUGAUGAAACAUUAUGGUGUCACAUUAUCCGAUUCUGGACACGAGGUAUUGACUGUGAGUUCCUAACCGUGAAAAGUUAUAAUUUAGUUCCUUUGCUGAAGAGAAGUCCAUAAAUGUUCAAUUUUCUAGGGCGAAAGUUUAUGAUAGGCCUUCGUACCGAAAAAAUUUGAAAUGGCUUGAAAUAAGUUAAUAUUUCUUUGUGGCUUGCUUCAGUUUCACAAGCCUAUUUUAAAUUUCAUCACAUUCUUUGGUAAUAUAGAUUUAUUUAUGAUUUUCACACAGACGGUUCUAAGUCUCAGCUCCGAGUUUCACGAUUAACGCGACCAUCAGGAAACUUGGAGGCAACAAUGAAGCGACUUUUCAUGUCCCGUUUAAUGAAGACUCAUGCAUGAAGCUGCGUUGUCUUUUUCAACGGGGGCUAAAAUCUUGAACAAAUAUAGUUGAGAUUUUCGAAAAAACAUCACACUGAUUUAAAAAAAGUAAAGUACCCUAAAUUCAAUUUUAAUGCAGUGUGAAUUGUUCUUAGAUGUUUUGGCUGCAACUCCAACAUUGUUUGGGGGUGUGGUUAGGGUGGUAUUUCUGUUGCAAUUUUUUUCACAAUUUUUCACAAAUUAAAAGUUUGUCUCAACAAUAUUAUCCAUAAUUUCAGCAACUAUUGCGGACGAUUGAAUGUGCGCGAAAGUGGAAUGUCUGUUCUCUUUCACUCCAAACAUUAAAUUCAAUGCCUAGGCCACGAAAGGAUGGGAUUAACGCACCUCAUUUAGUAUUGUUGUCUUAUCGCCUCUUGCUAUGUAACAUACAAUUAACACCAACGUAUAAAAACAGUGAAGUAUAAAAGCUACAAGCUGAAAUUUUGGAAUUAGGCGGGCAUCUAAUAAGAACCCACUAACCAGUUAAUGAUGUUUUGUGACAAAUUGUUUUUGCAAAUAACUCAAAAUUUAGAAGUGAAGCAUUUUUCAAAAAUUGUUAGGGCAAACAGGAUGUCCUACGACUUUAUUUGUUGCUGAAAAUGAGUAAGAUAAAAACCACAAACCUUGGAGGACGAAGUUUUGAACACAUUCUGAAAAAUUAAAAACUUGAGUUUAAAAGCUCAAUGCAGUAUGCAUUAGAUGCUCUUUUCGAUUGAUUGUAAUUAUAUAUACCAAAAAUAGAAAAACUCUGGUUGAUCACAACGGUUUGAAACUCAGAACAGAAUAAAAACGACAUAAAUACAUGAACAUGCAUAUUUUGCAUUCAACCCCAAUUAUUUUACAACCUUUUUAGACGAUUGCCAAACUUUAGGUUCUUAUACACGAGUGUUUUUACUGUCAAUUGAUUCCGAAUAAGAUUAUCCUUCUUAUCAAGUAUAUUCUCUUUUUUUAUGGUAUACUUUAGUUAAUGUAAUAAUGGCUGAACCCCCCUGUUUAUGCAUAGCAGUAUCAAAUUUCUAAUUUUUUUGCAAAGUUUUGCGAAAGAACCCCCUUGUAUUUUUGAUAGAAUUAAGCCCUUUUGCCAGGGUAUUUGUGGAUGUAACUUCUUAAUUACUCGAUUUUUUAAUAAGGAAGCACUUCAAUGGCGGGUCCACUGGGAGGAUUGGAAGAGCAUUCUUGGCUGAGUCGAUUCCUUAUUUUGUCUAAAUUCAAUGAUAAAAUGUUGGAGGGAAGGUCAUUUUUUUGUGAAGUGUGCUUUCAGAUGUAUGUAAUUUUAUGAUUUUGGAACUGCUAACUGUUUAAUCACGCCUGUUAAGUCAUAAACAAAAAACAACAUAACUUGACAGGAAUCAUUGAACUCGCUAAAAUUUAAGCAAACUUCCGAAUUUUUAUGUUUUUUUGCAACUGUCCUAUUUCUAGGGCACUGAAUGUGCCGUUGAAAGUUAGGAACUAUAAAGGAAUCUUAGGAACCACAAUAUAAUCAAAGAGGUCGAAAAUAGGAAACAUAUAAAAAAUAGGGCUUGAACUGGGUUUCCUUUUAUUAUGAUAAAUAUGUAGCUGCUUAUGUGUGUAAGAAUCAUGCUUGUUGUGGUUUGAUACGAUAUUUAAAACUGAAUUUGUAAAUUUGAAAUAAAAGACGAGUGAGUCGAUGUAGUUAGAUAAUAUUGAGUCGGAUUUUGAAGUGUUGGAUUUAGGUAAUAUCAAUUUAUUUCGAUUGUUAUAAGCAACUGCAAAAUUUAUUUUGUUGUUUAUCAUUUUGUCAAUUCAAAUAAUUGUAUAUUUGCUGGUUGCU